AUGAACGUGUACAUCACACGCGUAUAUGCGGCGCCACAGAUGACAGAUACACCGUUCACGAUGAAUGGAAUGAACAUACGGAUGAACGCAAAGCUUUUGCCGCCAAAAUCCGCAAUCUUUGCCAGUCAUCCCAGGAACAUCGUACCGAACACACUGAUGGAGCGCGAGCUCGAAGAAAUUCAACUGGAACCGUUGCGCGUUCCAGGACCGCGCGAGUUUGAGCUGUCCUUUCAGAACGUGUCGUAUUGCGUUAAGCAUCGGCAUGAUCGCACACACACCGCCAUCUUGAAGAAUCUAUCCGGGUCGUUCCGAUCUGGUCGACUGGUGGGCAUCAUGGGCCCAUCAGGUGCUGGGAAGUCGACGCUACUGAACGUGCUCAGUGGAUUCAAGAAAGCCAACGUCACCGGGCAGCUACGCGUGGACGGACAGCGACUAUCGGAACGACGGAGUCGCAAGAUCAUCUCCUAUACCCAGCAGGAAGUGUGCCUGUGGCCAGCAUUAACCGUCGAGGAGAGCCUAAACUACGCGGCCGAGUUUAAGCUGCCAUCAUCAACUGAUCGGGACCAACGAAGAGCGCGUGUGUGUGAGCUACUGCAGGUGUUGGGUCUGGUAGAAUGUGCGGACACUCUCACGGGUAGUGUGUCCGGUGGUCAAGCGAAACGACUCUCGAUCGGACUGGAGCUGUUGUCCGAUCCGAAAGUGAUGCUGUUGGACGAACCUACAAGCGGACUUGACACGGUUGCUGCUCAGCAGGUGUUGGCGCAUGUUAAGCAGCUCGCCGAGCGUGGUCGCGUAAUAGCUUGCGUCAUCCAUCAGCCGAACUCUCAGCAGCUGCUGCUGAUUGACGAUCUGUACGUGCUAGCGAAGGGCCGGCGAAUCUACAACGGACCAACUUCGGCCAUGGUGACGUAUUUCGCCCGGUUCGGACUCGAGUGUCCCGUUUCGCACAAUCCAGCUGAUUACGCGCUCGAAGUGGCUAGCCUCGAUCAGGAGGACAAACGAUUGAGUCGGUUAGUGAUGGAACAGGAACAGGACAUUUUUAAGAGUAACCCACCCCAGUUGGCGGUGGAGCCAAGCUUUGAUGGAGGCUACCAGCGAUACGCACUGACUACGCUUCAGCAGCUGCGAGUGUUGCUUCGUCGGACGACCCGGUGUACGCUACGGGACUCGUACCAAUUUAAGGCACGCAUUCUCAUCAACAUCGCCAUUGCACUCAUCACGAGCGUGGCGUUCUACAACACCGGUAACAACGCGGAUCGCAUCCUGGCCAACACCGCUGUGCUGAUCAUCAACCUGUACGCCAUUUUCUUCACAAGCAUCGCGUCUGCUGUGUUGAUUUACCCACGUGAAUCGGCCUGCUUCGUGCUGGAGAGCAAAAAUAAUUGGUACUCCCUGCGGGCAUACUAUUUGGCUAAAAUCGUAGUCGAGUUGCCCACCCUGAUCCUAUCCUCGUCGGUGUUCUUCAUGCUCGUGUACUACUUUACCUCGCAGCCGUUCGAGUGGCUCCGAAUCGGAACGUUUGCACUGGUUUGCCUCCUAUUCGGGUGGAUCUCGCAGAUGCUCGGGCUGCUCCUUGGCAGCGCCCUUUCCGUGCAGAACUCCGUCUUCGUCAGCAUCCUGAUAAUGGUACCGGCGUCCCUGUUCUCGGGCUUCUUUGUACCACUGCGUGACGCGAGCAUCCUUCUGCGGCCGCUCCUGUACAUAUCGUUUGUUCGGUACGCCUUCGAGGGUGCCAUACACGCGAUCUACGGCUUCGACCGGCCUGACCUCGACUGCCCGGAGGUGUUCUGUUACUUCCGCCAGCUGAAGCGCUUCCUUGAGUUCGUGUCCAUGCCGGAUCUCGCUUACGGGUACGAUCUGUUGGCCCUGUUCUGUUGGAUCGUGCUACUGAUGAGUGCGGUGUAUCUCAGCCUGCGGAGGCGGAUAAAACAGGACUGA